GGGCUCCAGAAAGAGAAAAGGCCAUUCGUGUCUCCUUGGAGUGUCCCUUUAAUUUGAACCAAGCCCUGUGGGGAUUCAGCCUGUGGAAUGCGUCGUUUGUAUGCCAGAGAUUGUUCCCGAUUGUGCUGUGAACGUUCACAAGAGCUGCAAGUCUCUGCUGGGUGAGUGCACCAGCAGCAGGAAUAAGAGAGAUUUUCCACCGAGGACCGGAUCUUCGGGAUCUCCUAAUCUUGCGCUAAAAGACCGGGACAGAGAGCGGGAGCACUCGGGCCCAGCCUCAUCACAGGCCCUGGAUGGCCACCCAGGUUUUCACAGCACCCCAGGCAUGACUAUAAGUCCGUGGGGACCUAGCACUCAGUACACCAGCUCCACCACAGCCUCCAGCCUUGGCCACAGCCUCCGUCACCGCAACAGCUUAGGAUCCCUCCCUGGGGAGAUGGAUGAGACAGAUGCUCUCCGCUCCAAACGCUGCAACGAAGACGCCAUUUCCCUUGCUCCCUCCACUGCCGAGUCCAUCAUCGUUGAAGAUGCUCACUAUGCAGCAGUGAGGGCUGAUCUGGAGUCUGAUGCCCAGGACCUGGAGGCAGAGUCAUGGAGUUUGGCAGUUGACCAGCAGUUUGUCAAGAAGCACUCUAAAGAAAUGGUGAAGAGACAGGAUGUGAUAUAUGAGCUGAUGCAGACGGAGAUGCAUCAUGUGCGAACACUGAAGAUAAUGCUGCGUGUGUACGUCCGUGAGUUGAAGGAGAACCUCCAGAUGGACUCAGGCAAGCUGGACUGCCUGUUCCCCCGCUUGGAAAACCUCCUCGAGCUUCACACACAUUUCCUGUCUCGUCUCAAAGAGCGACAGCGAGAAAACCUUGUUUCACCCAGCGACAGGAACUACGCAAUCAACAGAUUGUCAGACAUUCUGAUCACACAGUUCUCAGGUGAAAUAGGAGAGAGGAUGAAGGACAGCUAUGGAGAUUUCUGCAGUCACCACACGGAGGCUGUCAGCUACUACAAAGAACAGCUACAAAACAACAAAAAGUUCCAAAACAUCAUACGGAGAAUCAACAACCUGUCCAUUGUGCGGAGGUUAGGAGUAACUGAGUGUAUUCUGCUGGUGACGCAGCGCAUUACCAAGUACCCAGUACUAGUGGAGCGCAUUGUGCAAAACACUGAAGCGGGUUCAGAGGAGCACGAGGAUCUGACUCGGGCACUGGGUCUUAUUAAAGACACCAUCGUUCAGGUUGACGCGCUAGUUAAUCUCCAUGAAAAGAACUCUCGACUCCGAGAAAUACACAACAAGAUGGAGCCAAAGGCACUGGGAAAAAUCAAAGAUAGCAGAGUGUUUCGCAGAGAGGACCUGGUGCAGGGCCGGAGGCGACUGCUGCAUGAGGGCACAGUCAACUGGAAAGCUGCUUCUGGCAGGCUCAAAGAUAUUCUUGCAGUGCUCCUGUCAGAUGUGUUGCUCUUGCUACAAGAGAAGGAUCAGCGAUAUGUGUUUGCUACAGUGGAUAACAAGCCGUCAGUGAUCUCUCUUCAGAAGCUGAUUGUCAGGGAAGUGGCCCAUGAGGAGAAAGCCAUGUUUCUUAUUUGUGCCUCAUCCAAUGAGCCCGAGAUGUACGAGAUCCACACCAACUCCAAGGAGGAGCGAAACACUUGGAUGGCACACAUACGGCAAACUGUUGAGAGUUGUCCUCAUACAGAAGAGAGGCUGUUCAGUGAGGAGGAAGAGGCCCGAGCCUUCAGGCUCAAAGAAUUUCAAGAACGGCUGAGCCAGAAGGAUGCAGUGGUCAUCCAGGCUCUUACUGAGAAGCUGCAGCUGUUUGCGGACAUGGCAGAGUCUGUGGCAGGUCUAGAGGACACAGCUUCACGCUCCAGACUUCUGCUUCGAGGAGACGCCUCAGACCUCCAGCAGGGGGAGUCCCUGCUUAAAGGAGCUAUCACUGAGGUGGAGAACCUGCAGAACCUGCUGCAGUCUGGAGUGAGGGACGAGGCUCCAACCUCACGGCUGGAGGAAGGGAAUGGCUCUGGGGUUCUGCCCAGGCGAGCAGAUACCUUUGGUGGCUAUGACAGCAGCCCCACCAUCCUUAGUAAGAAUGGCAGUGUGAAGAAAAACUUUUCUGGCGAGUGUAGAAACCGAGACAGAAGCCAGAGAGCCAGCUCUGACCCUCAGCUCAAAGACCUCUGUGGCAGCCACACCCUGGAGCAGACGGUUGAUGAGAGCUGCUGCUCUCCUGCCAGAUGGAACCGCAUCUGGUCCACCUCCUUCCCCGAGGCUGAGUUCUUUGACAGAGUGCUGAUGCUCUCCCAAAGGCUCUAUAGUCUACAGGCCAUCAUAUCACAGCAGGACAGUCACAUUGAGCUGCAGCGGGCCUCGUUGACGGAGCGGGCCUCCCUGCCCGGCCGCCACAGAGGGAACGUGCUCUUGGAGCAGGAGAAACAGCGGACACUGGCCCUGCAGAGAGAAGAGCUGGCCAGCUUCCACAAGCUGCAGUCUCAGCACCGGCAGGAGCAGCAGCGCUGGGAGAAGGAGAGGGAGAGGCACCGGCAGCAAGUCGAGGCCACUGAAGCCAGGCUCCGACAAAGGGAGGAGGAGUGUAGACGGCUGGAGGUGCAUUUGACAGAAGAGAGGAAGGAGCUGGAGAGUCAGAGAGAGACGUACCAGCAGGACCUAGAGAGGCUAAGGGAGUCCACCAGAGCUGUGGAGAAAGAAAAGGAACGCCUGGAGCAUCAGAAGAAGAUCAAGAGGAAGACUAUUGAGGUGGCUCCUCUGUCUGGCAGUCUGAAUGGGGAGCUCCUCAUGUCCUCUGGCCUCAACACCUCCCCCAGUGUCUCGGACCUGCCCCUCCCUCAGAAGCCCCUGGUGCGCACCAGCCUGUCUGUUGCACCAGCCGACUAUCAAGAGCGCCCUGAAGUGAUGUUGCGGCGGGAGGCGAGCUCUUCCACCCUGCCGCUGAAGACGGAGGUGCCCCUUCAUCUCUUCAGCACCACCAACCAGCAGCACAAACUGGUGGGGGUGCAGCAGCAGAUCCCCACAAAGCUGGCCGCCUUUAGCAGCGGCAAAGGGAAAGGAGGCAAGAUUGGCAAAGCCUCACAUCGCACUGACAGCACUGCCUCUGUGGAUAUGAAACAGAUGCUGCCGCUGAAGCUGUCUGCCCGAGACGACAACCCCCUCAAGGCCAAGCGUUCCAUUAGCCCCCACCAGCAGCUCCCGCUGUCAGCCCCUCCUCAACACCACCCAGAUCAACACAGUCCUCCAGACAGUGCUGGGCCAGACACCCAGCCCACCUCCUCCAUCAGCAUCUCCCACCCUUCAGUUGUUCAGAAGCCCCCCAUGCCUCCUGCACAGACCCAUCCUCAGCCCUCCAUCCAGCCUCCAACCAUCCCUCCCCACUCACAGAGCACCGGCUCCCUCCAGUUCCAGCCCCAUCUGCAGCCGCAGGGCCUCAGUCCGAACGCCCAGGCCCACGGGCUCAGCCACAGCAUGCCGCCACCUUACAAGAUUGCCACAGAAGACCUCAAUAAGGAGGAUGUCAUCUUCUUCUAAAGUCCAGUCUGCUGCCCCCAGAUCAACCACUGUUUGCAACAACAACAAAAAAGAGAAGAAUUAUGGGAUGGUUGGUAGUCCCAAAUCAACCAUGUGUCCCAUUCCAAGGAGCCGCUUGCAUGUUACAGUGUGAUGUUGAUGGUGUGUUUAGUGUGGGCAGGUGUAGUGUUAGUGAGGAUUGAUACGGUAAGAUGGUUUAAAUAUCUGUACAAAGAUACAGCAAUCCAUAACAGAGCACUUCAGUGGCUCAAGAAUGAUGACAUUUCUAUUUUAACACUGCUACUCCAUCUUUGUUUUUAAGAUGCCACAGUUUCUUUUUAUUAAAUUUUUUGUUUCCUUUAAAGUUAAUUUUAAAGGUUCAAAUGAAGUUAAACUAAUCCAAAGACGUUAGCCGCGAGAGCUGAAGGGGAUUUCACAAUGUGAAAGAAAACCGGCUGGUUAGUGAAGUGUGCAAAAGUGAUAGGUGCUGCGAUGGUGCCCUGGCCUUAACCAUCUGCUUCUACUGGACCUAGAACCACAAGAAAUGAUUUAACAGGAACUCUGAAAUGAUCUUAAUACAGGAACACUUUCAUUUGCACAGUGUAAAUACUCAAUUCCAGACUAAUGAAUGAACUUUAACGGACUAAAUGUAAAUUGUUUGGGUGUACGGUUGUCAAAAUUGUGAAGGUUCAUUUCAUUUUGUUAUCGUUCUUAACCAUGCUUAUUACAGAAGGCUGAACUGUGGAAUACACGUUUAGUGUGUUGCCACUGGUUGUGAAUCCUAAAAAAAAUUGUUCAUGCUGUUGUGUAAUGAUGCUUCAUUUCAAUUAAGGGAGAGUUCAGCUUGUAGCAAAUUCUACUGUUUUUCCAAAUCGUGCCGAGUGAGACAAACUCAGGGAUGCCUUCAUUAUGUCUGCACAGUUUGAUGUUAUGUGAGAUUGGUCUACUUUAGGCCUUUAUUGCAUUUCUUAGCUGUAGCUCUUCUCAAACUUGGGUUUUACAAUGAACUCAUGUACUUUUUCUUGCAUAAUUAAUUUUUAAAAACACCAUUUCACAAGAACAUUAAGUUGCAUUGCUAAUUGAUGAAAGAUCCCUUCUUUAAUACAGACAUUUGUACAUGUUAUUAUGUUUUUUAAUUAGCCUUCAAGUCUAUAGAUUUCCCAAACUUUUGGCAGAGCUGCUGUUGACCCCGUAGACAUCAGGGAAACUAAAUGUUGCAUCAUUCAGAAUACUGUACCCUGUAGACAUCAAAAAGGCCUUACUGAGUUUGUUACAUUGCACAAAAACUAUCCCUUUAAGAGAACCAUCUUUGAAAAACACAUCUGUUGCCAUUUUAGUGGAACCAGAGUUUACCGUACAAUUCGUGACAUUUUAUGCUGCGUGUUGUUUUAAGGGCAAAAUUAACUUUUUAACUGCUCCGGGCAGGGAAAAGAGAAAAUUUGGGGUUAUAGGCUCCAUCAUCAUACAAAUAGAAAAUGUAAAGGAAAGCCUCUGUGUUAUUCCGAAGUGUAAACAGCUAAGUCACAUAAUGACCGAAAGCCUAAAUGUGCAUACUGGAGCACGGUGUUAACACUGUUUUAUAUCUCUCAGUCUUAGUUAUUCCGAAGUGGCUUUACUCAUAUGGUGCAUCAUAUUCCUAAUACACAUUCUUCCUCAUAUACAGUAUGAACAUGUAAUGAGUCUUCUAGAGACUUGCAGGACACGUGGCCAGAAAAUUGAGGCAAAGUAAAGUUUAUGCAUUCGGUCCUAAUUUUUCAAGAAGUCAAAAGAAAUUAAAGGUUUGUGUGAUUGACAAGAUAUGUUUUUGAAAGCUGUGCCUGACAGAAAAGCGGUACUGGGAUCGGGUGGAGGGGUCCGGUAGCAAAAACGACUAUCAGCUAAAAUUUCAGUCUUUAUCUUUCUUCACAGAAGAAAUAUGGAGAUGUUCAUAUUCAUGUUCUUUCCCUUUGUAUAUAUGUGACAACCCUUUGAAUCAUGAAGUAGUGGACACAUUAAUGUGUUUUGUCUCUCUGUAGGGGAAAGAUGUCUGAAGAGCUUUUUGUCCUAGUCCAAGUAAGCUUGUCUCUGAGCUGUGAUCGCUAGCUGCAGUUUGAGCAGGUUUUCUGAGUCUUUAUGUAUAUUAUGUAUAUUGUUGUACAUACUCUGUGUUAUCUUCUGCACCGGCUGCCCUCUUACACAUUCUUGUAUUAGAAACAGAGAUAUUUGAUGUGCAUCGAGAUGCAAAAGUCAGCCAAAAGUCUGUUUGUGCAUAUGUGAACAUAUACUUAAAAUACACACAUAAUGUGUGUGUACAAUACGGUACGCCUUGCUUGGAUAAACUCGUGGCAGUUUAAUUAAAACCACAAUCGGUCGUUGCUGUUGUUUUUAAAUGAACUGAAAAUCAAGAUGUGCAUAUUUAAUCUCCUAAUGUGUGUUGAUGUUGUAGCAUUGAAGUUGAGGUGCACUGUCUGUCAUCUUUGUCCUGCGAUUCACGAGUGAUGUUUCACCAAGAUUAUGUAGCAGUUGUAAAAACGAAAUCAUCUGCUCGUUUCAGUUGGUUAAACCAAAGACACAUUCGGCUGACUGAGUUCCUGUCUGUGCUCUUGUAUGAAGGAUAAACGACACUGCGCUCGUUGUGUGGUCGUCCACAAAGUCUUACUACUUAUAAAAGCAUGUGUUUACAGCACAUUGCAGUCCAGCUCAUAUCCUGCUUCAGGUCUCAUUUUGGGGUUUUCUGUUUGUUUUUUUUGUUUUCCAUCCUCAUGUCCAGAUCACAAAUAUCUCUUCAUACACAUAUAAUUACCUUAAAACCAGAGCACACAAACAAUAAAUCAAAUGGGGUGUUGACGUUCCCCAGUAUUCUGGCAUACCAUAGCAUCUGACGUUUUCAUUAUCAGGAUAUGAGCUCAUCUGAUCCAGUUGUAGAAGAUAUUGCAUUUACUGUAUAUACACCAUCUCUUAAACACCACAACAAUGUGAUAUCAUUGUGCCUGUAAACAUACUUGGUAUAACCAAUAAAUAUACCAACCAAUAAAAAUGUAAAUAUUUUUUUCUGACUUUGACAAAAAAAUCCUAACUUACGGUCCACUUACAAGCUUUUUUUUGUCCAGAGCUUUCAACCAUAUCACACUGUCUUCAUCAGUGUAGUUGAGCCAAUGCUUGACUUAAAGGCCAACACGGACGAGAAGUUAGUUGAGCUUGAAUCGGGAUUGUUUUGUCAGACUAAUUUCUCAAGAAUAAAAAUGACCUUUCAUGCUUGACUUUUCAAGACAUUCCCAUGUCAGUCCACAUCCUGUAUUUUCAAGUGUCUCCUGUAAUUCAGAGUGAGAGAUGUUGGGCAGCAGGACAAUUGGUGUAAGAGUACUUCGACUUUUAGUGAACCUCAACAGAAGAGGUGGAUGCUGCCUUGUUGCUGCCACUGUUUGGAUCAACUCAAGUCUUAAAUGUUCUUUUGCUGUACUGAAAUGCUUAACCUCUUUGCUCUGUUUUUGUGUGUGUGUGUGCGUGCCACCAAAAACGGAAACAUUUCUAACCGACUUGGUUCCAGAGUGUUUUUCUUUUACACUCACUCAUUCGGCAUAUUGGACCUGUAAUGUGUAAAUAAUCAUGAACAUAUUUUAUUUCCUCUGCCAAUUUUACACUAGUCACUUUGGAUAGUAGCAUACUUGAAGGGGAAAAUGAAUGUUUAUAAUGCUUAUUAUUAUUGUCUGUGAACUUUUAUUUACCAAGAGCUGUCUAAUGACGUGUGUAGCACACAGCGAAACUGAUUUUUGUACCGUUUUAUUUUAUUCACUGCGAGACGUUAGGUUAGAACAACCUGUGGACACAAACUGCUGCCUUAGAGAGAGAGUAGUAAUAAAUGAAUGAAAUGAU